AAAGGCUGGAGCCCUGGGCUGAGCUGGAGGGUUUGGAGCUUGGGGCCUUGGAGGCUGGAGGAGCCCUGAGAAGGUAGAGAGGGCAAGGCCUGAAUGGGUGCAUGUCCAGUGCAGCGCUGGGACAGCGCUUGAGGCCCCCAGCUCUGGCGCCCAAGAAGAAGCGCGUACAGAGCGCAGGACGCCGGCCUGGCGAGAGCGCGGAGCCGCCGCUGUCGGAGCGCGCGCAGUACCUGCAGCGCGAAUAUGCGCUGCUGUCGGAGCAGCUGGAUGCCUCCUCCGGGCGCGUGGACCAGGUGCUGCAGGAAAAUGCCUUCCUGGACAGCGAGGCGGUGCGCCUGCGCGAGGAGAACCGGCUCUACGCCAGCUACGUGAGCACGCGAGCGCAGCGCUGCCCCAACGCCAUCGUCCGGAUGGACCAACAGAACCGCGAGGACCUGACGCAGAUCCAGUGGCAGCGCGCGGAGCUGGAGCGGCUUUACCGGGGCCGCGAGGACGAGGUGCGCGCGCAGCUGCUGGAGGCGGAGGAGCGCGCAGCGAAGAUGGCGCUGCAAGUGCAGGAGCUGCAGCCCUACAAGGAGCUGCAGCUGGAGCAGCUGGCCCGCAUCCGGGCGCUGGAGCGGGAGCUGCUGCACAAACGCGUGGAGCACACGCAGCUGCUGCACCGUGUCAAGAAGCGCUUCCUGGACGACAAGGCCACCUUUGAGCGGGAAUCCCGUCAGCGCGUGCAGUCCCUGGCGCGGCGCGCAGAGCGGGAGGCGACGAGGGCGCUCUUCACUCACACCCAGGCAGUCCGUGUGGACAACGGGCGCCUGCGGUUGGAGCUGCUACGGCUGCUCAGCCGAGCCCAGCUACUGCACGACAUGCGACGCCAGCUGCUGGAGCAGCGGGACCAGCUGCGGCGCGAACACGAGGACACACGAGACCUCGCGCGGGUGCAUGGCUGGCUGCACCGGGGCGCCGAGGGUCCCCCGCUGUGGCAGCCAACACCACCCUCAAACCCGGGAUCACACCCCUCAAGAGAGGCAGCAUCCCGGGAUGUGUCGCGUGCCACCUCCUGGAAUCCUUCCCAAGUCUCUGUGAACACUUUGCUAAGGGGUUCUAGGGCCUCAUCGAUAGUCUCUGUUAAACCGGGUUCAAGAGGCCUGUCCUACAUCCCGUCCCGCGCGGGUUCGCAGGUUCCAUCCUUGGUCCCGAACUUGCCAGGUACCCUGGACCCGCCUGUUGCCCCGUCCCACUCAGGUACCAAGGUCGCUUCCUUCAGUCAGUCCCAUCGGAGCUCCCAGUUGCCCCUCAGGACCUCACAGAACACCAUUCCCAUGGUGAAAUCGGCACCGGCUGUGGAUUCCUCCAACCCCCCAGAAAAAGAAGAACUUAAGUAGUGACGCAACAGGAAGAGCCUGAGGUUAGCAUAGAGGAAACCAGUGUACAAGACCUUACCUGGGGAACUCCACUGUUAAUAAAUGUGUGGCACCACUAAGAUUCGGUGCCAUUCAUUAAGUCUUCA